AGCACAGCAACAGGAAGAAUAUUAUGGCCAUUAUCCAAGAAAAGACAAUGAACAGCAAAGUUACUCUUACCAUCUUGACUCUUUUUGUAGUUUAUUUGGUUUCCACACAAGCUGCAUCUCUUAGACACACAGGAGUGAGCUUGCGGUGCCAAUGUAUUAAAACAAACUCCAAAUUCAUCCAUCCAAAACACAUGGAGAAUAUUGAAAUCAUUCCAAGUGGUCCACAUUGUUCAACUGUUGAAAUCAUUGCAACCCUUAAAAGAAGAUCUCAAAUGUGUCUGGAUCCUAACUCCGUUUGGGUGAAAAAGAUCAUUGACAUGAUGACCAAUGCUACAAAGAAGACUGAUAAAGCUCACUGAGAGACUCAAAGAGUUGACUGCCAAGAAUGUGACAUGUAUCCAUGCUGAGACACUCCACAACCUCAGGAAUUUAAAAUUGUUUAACAAUCAUGUUCAAGCUUGUUUUAGAUCUUUGUAUGUGACUGUAUGAGUAAUCUAAAGCAGUAUGGUUAUAAUUCAAUUGCAAAAUGGAGUUAGUCGGUCCAGCUGACCAUUGUUAUAUUUAUUUAUUUAUGAAAUAUUUAACAAUGUUAUUAUUUAAAAUUGGAUGUGUGACUCAAAUGUUUGUGGAGAUUCUUCAGUGCAAGUUUUAUAGAACUCACAAUGCAAUGUAAAACAUUUCUAAUGAUAAGGAACUACUUGCAUCAGUGUGUUUUGAUAAUGGUCUGCCAAAGUAUAUGGCAGGAAAAUAAGAUAACCCCCAAUAGAAUUCAGGACAUAGAUUUUCUCUUCACUGAGAGCUCACUAAUCUGCAUCAAAAUGCCAAGAAAUCAGACAAUCUUCUGAAAUAUGCUGUUAAAUUUCUGGUCAAUGUAAAUGAUAUAAUUUUUAUCCUGCUAUGACAUUGCCAUAUGUUUGCUGCCUGGCUAACAUGUUACAUGUUAACACGGGAUGCGAUAGAAAUGAAGUUUACAGUUUUGAUGUGGCAUGUUGUCAGUACUGUAAUGUUAUUUUUUAUUGCACUUUAUUAAAAUUGCAUUUUAUUUAUGAAGUUUCAAUUUUCUAUGUGUUUACAUUUUUCCAUAAAACUAUUUGGCCAUUUAAUUAACAAAGCACAUGUAUAUGACAAAAAAGACUGUAUUUUAAUUGCAAUUGUUAAUUGAUAAAUAUUUAUAUUUAAAUAAAGGAAAAAUUGUUUUC